AGUUGCCUCAUCAUGAUCAAAUAAAUGCUAAAAUUCCUGAAUAAACCCAUAUUUUGAUUUUUGAACGUUUUGAAUACAUUUAGUGACAUAAUUUGGAGUACCCUUUGUGUCUCUUGAGUGCAAUUUUAAAGUUUAAUUUGUGUGACCACAUGUCAGUGUCACAGUAACCUCAAAAUGCCAAAAGUGAAACCGGAGAAAAAAUCGCGUAUUCACGCCGCUGUGGCCAAACAAGGCAUCACAUUCAACAAGUCCUUCGGUCAGCACAUCCUCAAGAACCCCCUUGUCAUAACCUCAAUGUUGGACAAGGCGGCCCUUAAGCCCUCCGACACCGUCCUUGAAAUAGGCCCUGGGACCGGAAACUUGACUUUAAAGCUCCUCGAAAGUGUUAAACAGGUUGUCGCGUGUGAAAUUGACCAUCGACUGGUGGCAGAAUUGCAAAAAAGGGUCCAGAAUAGCCCUUUCAAGUCCAAACUCCAAAUCCUGAUUGGGGACGUUUUGAAGACAGAAUUGCCCUUUUUUAGCGUUUGCGUGGCUAAUAUCCCUUAUCAAAUCUCGUCACCUUUAGUGUUUAAGCUACUUUUGCACCGUCCGUUUUUUCGGUGUGCUGUUUUAAUGUUUCAAAAGGAAUUUGCCGAUCGGCUAGUUGCCGUCCCUGGAGACAAGCUCUACUGUCGGUUGUCUAUCAACACGCAGCUUCUGGCCCGUGUUGAUAUGUUGAUGAAAGUGGGGAAAAAUAAUUUUAGGCCCCCACCAAAGGUUGAGUCGGCUGUGGUUAGAAUUGAACCAAGGAAUCCACCGCCACCUAUUUCUUACACGGAGUGGGAUGGACUUACAAGAAUCGCAUUUUCGCGGAAAAAUAAAACUUUGGGAGCUGCUUUUAGACAAUCGGUGGUCUUGGCAACGCUUGAGAAGAAUUACAAGUCGUUUUGUAGUGUUAAUAAUAAAGAAAUACCCCCCGGUUUUAAUAUUAAGGAAAAAGUGGAGCAAGUCUUGAAACAAGUAGAAGGGGACCAAAAGCGGGCCCGCACAAUGGACAUUGAUGAUUUUAUGGUGUUAUUGCAUGCUUUUAAUAGUGAAGGAAUACAUUUUUCAUGAAAUAAA